CGUAACCGCAUCGCACGUUUUGCGGCCGUGUUGCUCGCCCCACUGACUGUCAGACUCUUUUCAAAACAACCGUGAAAACGUGUUCGCGAUUCGGUUCCAGAUCGCACACGAAAAUCGGUGAAAUUUCCCCGGAAAAAUGGCUCUGAAAGCGUUAAAAUGUCGUUCGUCGAAGCGGCAGAAGGCCUCGCUUCGGUAUAAGAAGAUCAAAAAGAUUGCUGCCAGCAAGAAGAAGAAGGAGAAGGAGGCCAAGAAGCUGCCGAAGUUGCGGUCCAAGAAGCAAAAGUUGAUCCAGGUUCCGAAUGUGUGUCCGUUCAAGCGGGAGAUUCUAGAGGAAGUUGCGGAGCACAAGCAGUUCCAGGAACGGGAGAAAGAGAGGAAGAAGGAACUACUGAAGCAGCAGCGGUCGAAGGUGGCGGAAGGACAGACCAUGGAAUCGAUGGCGGCCGAUGCCGAGAAGCGCGGGGAGGAGUUCGAUCCGAGCAAGUCGGAAGCGGUGGAGGAAGAGUACGUCAAUGUAGGCAGAGGGAAAGAUUGGUCGCUGAAGGCGUACUUUAAGGAGUUCAAGAAGGUGAUUGACGCGGCGGAUGUGAUCCUGGAGGUGGUCGAUGCUCGCGAUCCGCUGGGGACCAGAUGUGCUGAGGUGGCCCAAAUUGUCCGGGAAGCAUCCGGACAGAAGAGAUUGGUUUUGAUUCUAAACAAGGCCGAUUUAGUUCCAAGGGAGAACUUGGAAAAGUGGAUGAAAUAUUUGCGGAAAAGUGGUCCGGUAAUUCCGUUCAAGGCUACCACCCAAACGCAGAAGCAUCGGAUCGGAAAUAGGAAGUUUAAGGCGUCGACUACGCUGGAGUGUUCGCCCUGUAUCGGAGCGGAUUUGCUGAAGGAGCUGUUGGCCAAUUACUGCAGGAGCGAUGACAUCCGGACGUCCAUCCGGGUGGGAAUCGUCGGGUUGCCGAAUGUGGGUAAGAGUUCACUGGUAAACUCGUUAAAACGCAAACGGGCCUGUCUGGUUGGAGCCCGGCCCGGAAUCACCAAGCAAAUGCAGGAGGUUCAAAUCGAUUCACACGUUAAGCUUCUGGACAGCCCCGGAAUCAUCUUCCAGCGCCCUAAGGACGAAGAUCGGAAUCGAUUCUUUGCCCUGAGGAACGCCCAAAAAGUAACAGAAAUUGAAGAUCCUUUCCCACUCGCCGAAGACAUUCUGAAACGAGGCACAAUGAGUUACUUCUGCAAGCUGUACGACAUCUCCGAGUUCCACUCGACAGAUGAGUUCCUCGCGAAAAAAGCCAUUAAGAUGGGUGCCCUGGCGAAGAAGGGCGUUCCGGAUGCGAAGAAAGCCGCCCGAACCCUCAUCGAGGACUGGAACUGCGGCAAGAUCAAGUACUGCACCCACCCGCCAGAGGACGGUUCGGAAGUGCACGUGAGUGCCCAACUGGUGUCAUCCGAUGCUCCCGAGUUCAAUCUGGAAAGCUUCGACAAUGUCCUCAAAGCCCUCGACACCGAGUACGAAGAAAGCUUCAAGAUGAAGGACAAGGACGGCGAAGAGAUGGCCGUCAUUUCCAAGGAUGAGAUCCUCACGAUGGAACUAGACUCGCAAGGUCCGGUCAACAUGGAACUCUCGCAGGACGACCAGAAGAACAAAGCCCUGGAGAAGCUGAUCAGUUCCGGUCGGAUCAUCGAAUCGGACGCCGAAGGCCAGACCGUCAAAGGCAAAAAGCGCAAAGUCAACGAUUACGCCGAGGAGGAGAAGAAGUUCCGGAAGGAUCCAAUGUUCCAGCUGGAUGGCAACCAGACUGUGAACCGGAAUCGGAAGGCAGCGCUAAAGGCGAAGAAGAAGGCGCUAGCUCGGGACGGGAAGAAGUCGGUAGAUGUGGCGGAAGAGAUGGAAUCGAUUUCCUUGACCGAGGCACCAUCAAAGAAAAAGAAGAAGAGCAGUGCGGCCGGAGAUGAUUACGACUUUGAUGAAAUGAUGUGAGGUGCCGGAAGUGGAAUCGCAUGUAGCGUUGCGAUGAUGUAUCUAAGAUAGUUUAGGGAUGUAAUGAACCAUUUUUGAACAUUA